UUUUCAUUUUAAUUUUUGUUUUGUUUUGUUUUGACCAAGGUAGCAUAGCAAGCAAAGCAGCAAGAGUGGAGAAAUGGAGAACAGGGCAGUGCUACGGGAAUGGUUCGACCGAGUUGACUCGGACAAAAGUGGAGGCAUAACAGCGCUCCAACUCAAGACAGCUCUAGCUGUCGGCAACCUCGAAUUUCCCCUCACGGUUGUUCAGCAGAUGAUCAGGAUGUACGAUUUUGACAGGAAUGGUUCUAUGAGCUUUGAAGAAUUUAUUGCACUCAACAAGUUUCUUCUUAAGGUUCAACAUGCAUUUUCUGAUCUAGAGAGGGGUCGUGGUUUUCUUGUUCCUGAUGACGUAUAUGAGGCUUUGAUAAAAAUUGGUUUCAUGCUGGAUUCUCCUGCUUUUUACUCUGUCUGUGAGAGCUUUGAUCAAAAUAAAAAUGGGAGAUUUCAGCUGGAUGACUUCAUAGCGCUCUGUGUAUUCUUACAAUCAGCUCGGAAUCUGUUUAAUUCAUUUGAUACAUCAAAACAAGGCAGAGUUACUCUUGAUCUGAACCAGUUUGUCUAUUGUACUGCCAAUUGUAGAAUAUGAUUUGACCAUAUGACUGGCUUGUGAAGAUGAUUCACAAAUACUGCACUUUGUAAAAUACCUCAAAUACACUCUUAGAGUCAGUGAACUUGUGAUGUAAGAUGAAAACAACAUUUUGAGGUUUGAUACUGAUUGCCAUUUGUCUGCAAAAUACUGUAGUGUAGAUUUUUUCUUUUUGAUGUUGUGAUUUGUUUAUAAAACUUGAGUUGUUAUAAAAUUCAAUCGUACAUGAUUGAUGAAGAUGAUUCUUAGAUUUUUAGAGCCAGUUAAGUUGUAAUGUC